AUGCCUAACAAAAGGUGGAACGAUGCAGAAAAGCUCACCGUAGCUUCACCUAAGCCCCUAGCUACAAGUUUACACGCUGACCAUGAGCAGCUCCUUCGCACCGCCAUUGCGUGCUCUCCAAACUUCAAGAUCGACGCUGUCAAAGUUGCUAAGAUGUGGCCCGGCGAUGACGACAAAACAAAGCCCACUGCUCGUAGUGUCCGCGACAACUUCCGCAGCAUCAUGAAUCACGCCGAAGACCUCGAAGCCCUGCGUCAAAUCAAGCAAGGAGCAACAACAAAAGAUGAAGUCGAAGUCGACGCAAAGACUGAUGUCAACCACACUGGCCUAUCUGCGCUCAAUUUGUCCCCUCCCCAAUCUCCAGUAUCCAAGAAUCCAGUCACACCUCAACGCCGCGGCUUGAGCUUGAAGGGCAAGCGCUCUACCACGAACAAGUCCAGCACCGGAUCUAAGCGCAAGCGCUGGGUCGAAACGCCCUGUUCCGAGGAUGACAUGACCUCAGCAAACGAGACCACCUCCGGCGAUGAAGCUGAUAUUUUCACCCCAACCCCUCUUGCCCGAAAGACCCUGCCGGUCCGCAAGACCCGCCGUGCCGCCUGCGCCGCGCCCUCGGACGGGCCUGAUGGCAUGGAGAGCGAGGAGAUGGAUGCCGGUGCAAAGCACCAGGACACCGAGGGUUCCGAUGAGGAGUAUGACCUUGCCAAAGAGCGCGAGGAGAAGGCAGCACGCAAGGCGAAGCUUGCGAGGCGGGCUCGCAAGUGA